GCGAAGUGGACCAAAAAGCAUACAAUAUUAUUAUUAUAUGUCCCUUGCUUAUUUUCAAAACCCUUCCUAUGGCUUUUAAAAGGAUCUAGAACCCAUGGAGCCCUAUGAGGAGAGAGAAGGUUAAGAGGACAGUUUGAAUACUCUUCCACAUGAGACUCUACAGCUGGGCUGCGUUUGGGACGGUCCUAUGGGAUCUCUGAAGCGGGCUCCUUUGCAGUUAUAGACGUUGGAGGCUCCCUCGCUGUUUAGACAUGCCUGAAAUAAAAGUCACUCCUUUAGGUGCCGGCCAAGAUGUUGGUCGGAGCUGCAUCCUUGUGUCCAUUGCAGGGAAGAACGUCAUGUUGGAUUGCGGGAUGCACAUGGGAUACAAUGACGAUAGGCGGUUUCCUGAUUUCUCAUACAUCACUCAGAACGGACGGCUGACCGACUUCCUGGACUGUGUGAUCAUCAGUCAUUUCCAUUUGGACCACUGUGGAGCCCUUCCCUAUUUCAGUGAGAUGGUUGGCUAUGACGGUCCCAUUUACAUGACCCACCCAACCAAGGCCAUCUGCCCAAUCCUCCUGGAAGACUUCAGGAAAAUCACUGUGGACAAAAAAGGCGAGACCAACUUCUUCACCUCCCAAAUGAUUAAAGAUUGUAUGAAGAAAGUGGUGGCUGUCCAUCUUCAUCAAACAGUCCAGGUGGAUGAUGAAUUGGAGAUAAAGGCAUAUUAUGCAGGGCAUGUCCUUGGUGCGGCCAUGUUCCAGAUAAAAGUUGGCUGUGAGUCUGUGGUUUAUACGGGUGACUAUAACAUGACUCCGGACAGGCACUUGGGAGCUGCCUGGAUUGACAAAUGCCGCCCCAACCUGCUUAUUACAGAGUCCACCUAUGCCACGACCAUUAGAGACUCCAAGCGCUGCAGAGAGAGGGACUUCUUAAAGAAAGUGCAUGAAGCCAUCGAACGUGGAGGGAAGGUCCUUAUCCCCGUUUUUGCUCUGGGACGUGCGCAGGAGCUCUGCAUUUUGCUGGAGACUUUCUGGGAGCGCAUGAACUUAAAGGCGCCCAUCUACUUCUCCACGGGCCUGACAGAGAAGGCCAACCACUAUUACAAGCUCUUCAUCACUUGGACCAAUCAGAAGAUCCGGAAGACUUUCGUCCAGAGGAACAUGUUUGAGUUCAAGCACAUCAAGGCCUUUGACAGAGCGUUUGCAGACAACCCAGGACCAAUGGUUGUGUUUGCUACACCAGGGAUGCUUCAUGCGGGGCAAUCCCUCCAGAUCUUCAAGAAAUGGGCUGGUAAUGAGAAGAACAUGGUGAUCAUGCCAGGAUACUGUGUACAAGGAACCGUGGGUCAUAAAAUCUUGGGUGGGCAGCGGAAGUUGGAAAUGGAAGGAAGGCAAAUUUUAGAGGUGAAGAUGCAAGUGGAAUACAUGUCCUUCAGUGCCCACGCUGAUGCCAAAGGGAUCAUGCAGCUCAUCCGCCAAGCGGAGCCACGGAACGUCCUCCUGGUCCACGGUGAGGCAAAAAAGAUGGAGUUCCUGAAGCAAAAGAUCGAGCAGGAAUUCCACAUCAGCUGCCACAUGCCUGCAAAUGGAGAGACAGUGUCCGUUUUCACCAACCCCAACAUCCCCGUGGAUGUUUCACUUGGGCUGCUGAAGAGAGAACUCAGUAUUGGCCCCAUGCCAGAUUCAAAGAAACCAAAGCUCAUGCAUGGAACGCUGAUCAUCAAGGAUAAUAGCUUCCGCUUGGUCUCUCCAGAGCAAGCACUCAAGGAGCUGGGACUGGGAGAGCACCAGCUGAGGUUCACCUGCCGUAUCCACUUCCAAGACCCUCGCAAAGAGCACGAGACGGGACUUCGCGUUUACAACCACCUCAGGAGUGUCCUGAAGGAUUUUUCUGUCCAGCACCUCUCUGACACCUCCAUCAUGGUGGAGUCUAUUCUGAUCCAAGUUACGGUGCAGUCGGAAGAUCCUGCUACCAAACUUCUGCUGGUGUCAUGGACAUACCAGGAUGAAGAAAUGGGUAGCUAUGUGACCUCCCUUCUGAAGAAGGCACUGCCCCAAAUCACAGCAUAAGCCCUGGGCAUCUUUGGAAGAUCUCAGCAGUUACGACUUCAGACAGCAUAAAAGAACACUGUCAAUACCUGCAUAGCUAAAGCAUCUGUGUGUGUAUACAUUUUAUAAAGUAAUAAUACUAAAAAUAAAGAUAUUUUAGUUUCUAAA